AUGAAUUCUUCAAAUACGUUAAGUUACAAUAAACAAAGCUCUGUUUAUUAUAAAGAAAAAUAUAAUUCACUUUCUCUGCCUUCUCCUCCGCCUUUGCCUCAUGAAUCAACAUUGGGGGGACUAUUCGGGAUCAGUGAAGUGUCGCCUAAAUUUGACACGAUAAAUAAUGCAUUGUUUAAUUCACAACAAAAUGAAAUGGCAAAUACUUUUUUUCCUCCUAUAAAAUAUUUAUUAGAUUCAUCAACCGAUAACUUAGAUCAAGUUAAAAAGACAGAAUCGACAAAUAAAAAGAUACCUUCACAUUGCCUUUCUAGAUUUUCAUUAUCUAACACUAAGUCAUCUCCACUUAAAACGAAUCAUAUUGUAUCCGAGUUAAUAUUUGAUAAAAGUCUUACAAACAUUUACAAAACCUUUGUUAAUAGACAUCAAAAUACCUUCAAUAAUAAUAAUAAUCCUCAUCCUACUCAAGUCACCCUUAAAACUGACAGUUCUAUUAUUAAUUCACCUCAGCCUGCACCUAAACCUGAAUCAUAUGAAUUUCUUUCAGAAAAAGAUAUAAAACUUAAAACUCAAGAGUUAAAUACAUUAACAACUCAUCGAUCGUCACAACAACGUCCGAGAAGUGGUCAAACUAAACGCUCGGGUACUUCAGCACCUCAACGUAAACGAAAAGGAAAUAGCUUGUCUAGAGUAAUGGCUGACCAAGGACUUUUAGAGUCAGUUUUCAAUAUUAAUGUUGCUUCAAAUGAUAUAAAAUCUGUUCGAAUACCAUUGCAAUUUGACGAAUUGAUGUCUAAUAUCAACGCGCUUGACCUUGAUAAUGAUGUAUUAGAAAAGAUAUCACCUGAAAUUUCAUGGAAAGGACAACCAUUAUCUAUCACACAUCUACCUCAUAAUAAUGUUCUUCACCCUACAGAGGCACGUAUAGUGUCUAUUCUUCGUCUUACGCCGUUACAAUAUUUAACAGGAAAAUAUACACUUGUUUCAGCAGCCCAUCGAUACGCUCAAAGGGCACUCCCAUUUAAGAAAAGUGAUGCACAAAAGCUAUUGCGAAUUGAUGUCAAUAAAGCUAGUAAAUUAUGGGAAUUUUUUAAUCAAGUUCAUUGGAUCUAG